AAGGUAAAGUAGGAAGUUUCCAUAUUCGUCUAACGUAGAGGGCGCUUUUCAACGGUUUUCUUCGUCAUUCCAUUCGUCUAAAAUUUCAAAGGAGACGUUUUUUACGCAAGACGAAUCUUCUGAAAAGGAAACGUCGUAAAUAGAAGAAUCCAUGCACAAGGACGACGAACUCUCUGGAAAAAUGGAUGAAGGUAGCGUUAGAUCUGUAUCGCUGUCGGGUGUAAGUUUACCAGUGAGAUGAAGAUGUUGGUCGAAAACUGCCUGUAAAAGGAAAACGCGACGAUGCAACGAUGAUGAAACGCCAAAGAUUUACUUACAACAGAGACAGGAAGUAGACGAAAGUAGGAAGAUUAACUCCAAGAUCGUAGGAUAUUCUUCCGGGGAGGAAGUUUUUAAUAUCUCGGUUACGAUAAAGGACAGAUUCGACUUCUCCAUAGCAGCACGACAAAUCUCAGACUUCACUGCGGAAGGAUCACCUGGCACAGUUCUGAUUAAUAAAGAACGAAGGGCUUCGUGCACUUUAAGGAGCUCUUGCUUCCUAGAGGUGGUCGAUUAGAAAACUCCAACAUCUGUUCGAGAUGCGAACGAUAAUCUUCUACGCUUUUUGCGUUCGUUGCUAAGAAUUCUAUUAUUUUUAUUACCAUUGGUUGAAGGAUACGUAAGCCCGAUCGCAAAGUUGUUCCUGAUAGUCAUACAACAGUCUAGAGAUUCGUGAUACGUCAUCUUUAGUGACUGGAUCGGAUAUAAGUCCGUGCAAUUUAUGUACAACAUAAUCCACGUCUAUUUCUCGACAUAGUUUUUCUUUGCCAAAUUUCGUAUUAUCAGGACAAGAACAUUUGAUUAUUUUUCGAGAAGAAAUGAAAUUCCGUUUUUCAUCCUGAUAUUUCUUCUUCCUCUCCAUCGAUACAAUUGUUAAGGAUCGUUAUGUUACCGCUAGACGGCUCCACCUUCGCUCGCUCCCUGGAUAGUAAUGGCUCUCUCGAUUGUGUGUGAUAGUAAAGGCGGUACGCCUUCAACAACGUUGAGAGAGCACCUGAGCGACGCGCGUGUGCCUCGUGCGAGAGAGCCGAGACGUUAGUACGAUCGCGACGCUGUCGUUGGCACAGCCGGCUAAAAAGUGAGUGUCCAACUCCCAUUCACUGUGUUUUUUUUCCUUUUUUUUUUCGAAGGACAAUGUGUAUCCUCGCAAGCAAGAGUUCAUCAUUGUUCUUAAACAUCUCAUAUUAACGAUAGAAAACAAACAAAGAGGAGUAAAAUAUACAUUUGUACAUUUUCUAUUUUAAAAGGUGAUCGAAGAGGCAUACAAAAAAUCAUUGGUGUACCAAAAAAAAGGUUCUUUCUUUUUCUGUCUCGGAAGAGAGUUUUGGUUAACGAACCGGUUCUGAGUGAACUCGUACACGUGAAAAGGGGUAGAACGUAGCUUUUCUCUCUCUCUCUCUCUCUCUCUCUCUCUCUUUCUCUCUAGAUAUACUAAGUAUUCAGAUUGAUCGAUCUUGCAUGAGUCCUUGGAGUGAAAGUGUGUCUGGAUUUUGAAAUCGACACCGUGGACAAGGUACUCGAAAUGUGAGGGAUUUAGCAACGGGUGACCUUGAUGGGCCGAGAGCACAGGAUGGUAGUUCGUUGAACCCGGAAGAAGCAAGAAAAACGUAGGCGAGAAUGGGACGACAGACACCUGGAUGAAGAUACAAGGUGAAGGCUAGCUUGGUAGAGGUAUUAAGAGGGUGUAAUGGCAAGCUGGAAAUGGAUACUGCCUAUGUGUCUGGCGGCACUAUGGACACUGGCGGAAGGUUAUCUCGCUGUACUGUCCUCGAGUACGCCAGUUGGUACCAUUGUUUUCGAGGCGGGAGUACCGCAGCUAGGUGGUCGCCGAAAAUACGAGGUCUCGAACGAACGGACAGCAUGGUUCGCACGAAAACUCCUCAAGGUUCAUCCCCACACUGGACGUGUGACAUUGGCUAAGCCAUUAAGUUGCGAAGGUCUUCAAUAUCCUCGAAUUUUCACCUUCUACGUGGACUCGACGAGUUCGAGAUUAGGCAGGCCAACCAUCGAUUAUUAUAGUUUGCCGUUAAGGAUAUUGAUAACCGGCUGUGGUGAGGAAAAUCGAGAUCUUGCUGCUACCAGAGGAUGGAUGGCAGAGACCUUGGCUUCUUAUGCUAUGCCAACUACGGAAAGGUUCAUCGAAGUCUGCUUGAGAACGUCGCAACUCGUUGCAGCUCUUAGAGACUUCCUACCACAGACUGCGCUGAAGGAAUGCGAGACCAGGUGGGGUGGCGUUGCCGAUCCUCGUUUUUUGAUCGAAGGAGCAGCCGGGGAUUUGGUCUCGGCGUCGGAACAAUGCCUGGUAGAUCCCCUAUGGAAGAUCUCCGUGUCUAUGAAUCUGAGAUGUGAUGCAGAGUCUCGUUUGGCGGAUGCGGAACAUCGUUUGAAAAUCGUAUUUCAUCAUCGGCAGCUCGACGAUACCGAUCUUGGUAGGAGAGUUAGGAGAGAGUUGAAAAAUCAAUCACCAUAUUUCGAGCAACCUCUCUACGUCGCAGCGAUUGAAGAGGAAAAAGAACCAGGUGUUUAUGUGACGUCCGUUCGUGCUAGGGAUCCCGAAGGCGGAACAGUACGAUAUUCCAUGAGUUCUAUCUUAGACGCUCGCUCACAGACGCUCUUGAUUCUGGACCCAGUUACUGGUAGAGUGAGCACACGUGCCAGAUUGGAUAGAGAAAGCGUCGAUGUACAUUACUUCCGAGUAUUGGCUGUGGACGACUCAUUUCCACCAAGAACAGGCACUACCACUCUUCAAGUGAACGUAUUGGAUGCAAACGAUCAUGCCCCCUGUUUCGAGUGGCCGGAAUACGAUGCAUCGGUUAGGGAAGGCGUACCGGUCGGUUCGACGGUCGUCACAGUAAAAGCGACCGAUCAGGAUACCGGCAGGAACGCCGACGUUGAAUACUCAAUCGUCUCGACAAGCGGCGGCGGUAUGACUGUUCAUGCUGAAGAUACCUCUACCUUCAGAAUCGAUCCACGUUCUGGUGUAGUUACCACGAGGAUGCCACUUGACAGAGAGAAGACCGAGAUCUAUACCGUGAUACUUUGUGUUUCCGACCUGGCAACCCCACCGUCGACGCGUAAAACCGCGAACGCCACGUUGAUCGUUCGUGUUCUUGAUGACAAUGAUAAUUAUCCUCAGUUCACCGAGCGCACAUUUUCCGUAGCGAUACCAGAGGAUCUAGAUUAUACUUCGAAUCCGAUCGUGGCUAGAAUAAGAGCAACUGAUGCAGAUGCGGGCAAUAACGCUGCCGUGAGAUACGCGAUAAUCGGUGGUAACACCCAGAAUACUUUCUCCAUCGACAACAUGAGCGGUGACGUUGCUCUCGUGAAGCCUCUAGACUACGAAUCAAUGAGGAGUUACAAGAUCGUAAUAAGGGCCCAGGACGGUGGAACACCACCGAGAUCGAACACCACUCAGCUCUUGGUCCACGUAAAAGACGUCAAUGACAAUGCACCAAGAUUUUAUACCAGUCAUUUUCAAGAUGCCGUUGCUGAGAACGUACCUAUCGGUUAUUCGGUACUUAAAGUUCAGGCUUACGAUGCCGACGAAGGUGUGAAUGCACAAAUUAAGUAUACCAUAGCUUCUCGCGACUUCUCCGGUGCGUCCACAGAUAAUUUUCCCAUCACCGUAAAUCCUGAUACCGGUUGGAUCUACACAACGAAACAGCUCGAUCGUGAAGAAUGUUCCAGGUAUCAAUUCACAGUAAUCGCCUCAGAUUCAGGCGAGGAAUCAAAAUCGGCAAGCGUCACCGUAAUCCUAACAGUUUCCGAUGUAAACGACAACGAUCCUUACUUCGAUCCAAAAAAUUACGACGCUGUAGUGUCGGAAGAUGAUCCACCAGGUACUCCUGUAACGUCUGUCACCGCUACAGAUCCUGACGAAGACGCGAAGAUACAUUAUGAGAUUACUGCUGGGAAUACGAGAGGUCGAUUUUCGAUAGCCUCUCAGAAUGGACGUGGCUUGAUCACGGUGGCUCAACCAUUAGAUUAUAAACAAGAAAAAAGAUUCGUAUUGACCGUGACAGCUUCGGAUAGUGGUGGAAGAACUGACACUGCUCUGGUAUACGUGAACGUUUCCGACGCGAACAAUUUUUCACCGGUUUUUGAGAAUGCUCCUUACUCGGUCUCGGUUUUCGAAGAUGCGCCAGUUGGUACGACUGUUUUAGUGGUCAGUGCCACUGAUUCUGACGUCGGUAAAAAUGCUCAAGUUACUUAUAGUCUUGGAACGGAUGGGGAUGAACAAGAAGCAGCAGAAUUUACGAUCAAUUCGCAGACCGGUGCGAUCACUACCACUCGAGCACUCGAUCGUGAAAAAGUUCCGGGCUACGUGUUAACUGUAACAGCUAGAGAUGGUGGGGUACCACCUCUUUCUGACACCACGGACAUUGAGAUCUCGGUUACGGACGUUAACGACAAUGCACCGAUGUUCGAAGCACCUCAAUAUCAAGGUUCUAUACCCGAAGAUGUUUUGGUUGGCACAAGCGUCCUCAGAGUCUCUGCUACCGAUGAGGACAUAGAUCUCAAUGGAAGGGUAAGAUACGCGUUGGAAGAUGACGGAGAUGGUGCCUUCGCGAUAGAUCCAACUACAGGAAUAGUGAGAACUUCCAAAUCGUUAGAUCGAGAAUCCGUUGCAAGGUACAUUCUAAAAGCUGUAGCUGCUGAUAGAGGUUCACCUUCGUUAUCUUCAGUGGUACCAGUUAUCGUAAAGAUCGAGGACGUUAAUGAUUCUCCUCCAGCUUUUGAAAACGAUAAGAUCGUACUUUACAUUGCUGAGAAUUCUCCAGUGGGCUCGACUGUGGGCGAGAUUUACGCCCACGAUCCUGACGAAGGCCCAAAUGCUGUUGUUCAGUAUUCUGUUAUCGGCGGUGAAGAUUCCAAUAGUUUUGCCUUGAAUGUAAGACCAGGUGGUGAUCGUGCUGAACUGGUCACUCUCGAAGAACUUGAUUACGAGUCACCAAAGAAGAAAUUUGAGUUGGUUGUUCGUGCAGCCUCUCCACCAUUGCGAUCAGAUGCUCUAGUGCAAAUUAUGGUAACAGAUGUCAACGACAACGCGCCAGUACUGAAAGAUUUUCAAAUAAUCUUCAAUAACUUCAAAGAUUUCUUUCCGACCACUGCAAUAGGCAAGAUACCGGCUGUAGAUGCCGACGUUACCGAUAAGCUGGUCUACAGCAUUCUCGCUGGUAACAAUGCUAAUCUGAUAGAUCUGAAUAAGACGACGGGUGAAAUACGUCUUUCGCCGCAAUUAAAUACAAAUGUACCACGAGUAGCAACGAUGGAGGUAUCCGUAACUGAUGGUGUCAACGAAGCAAAGGCUACCAUGACUCUGUCAGUACGAUUGAUCACGGACGAGAUGCUCUUGAAUUCGAUAACAGUUAGGCUCGACGAUAUGACGGUCGAAGCUUUCCUAAGCCCAUUAUUAGGAUAUUUCUUGGACGGUCUUGCUGCCAUUAUACCUUGUCCGAGAGAGAACAUUUUUUUAUUUAGCAUUCAAGAGGAUGCAAAUGUCCAAGGGAAGAUAUUGAACGUUAGUUUCUCGGCUCGUAAGGUCGAACCAGGUACAGCCGACGAGUUUUACAGUCCACAAUUUCUUCAAGAACGAGUUUAUUUGAAUCGUGGAAUCCUGGCGAGGCUUGCCACUGUCACAGUAUUACCCUUCGAUGAUAAUCUUUGUGUAAGGGAACCUUGUCUCAAUUUCGAGGAGUGUUUGACCGUAUUGAAGUUUGGAAAUGCUUCUGGGUUUGCCAGUAGCGAUACAGUACUCUUUCGGCCGAUUUAUCCAGUCACCACUUUCGCGUGCAAAUGUGCAAAAGGUUUUACCGGUAGCAGAGAAGCAUACUUGUGUGAUACAGAAGUGAAUUUGUGUUAUUCGAAUCCUUGUCAGAAUGGUGGAACUUGUCAUCGAAGGGAAGGUGGAUAUGCUUGUUCCUGCUCGCCCGAUUAUACUGGAGAAAAUUGUCAGAUCUCAUUAGACAAGAACACUUGCGCACCAGACAUCUGUAAAGGUGGUUCUCAGUGUACCAUUAAGAAUACAGGAGGGUUUACUUGCGAGGGAUGUCCAGUAAGAGUUCUAGAAAAUGUCACUCCUUUGUGUGAACUGAAAGCACGUAGCUUUGGACCAGCUACAUUCCUUACAUUUGCCUCGUUAAAACAACGGCACAGGCUCCAUUUGAGACUGAGGUUUGCUACAGAAUCGUCCGAUGGUCUACUUCUUUACAAUGGUCGUUACAACGAAAAACACGAUUUUGUGGCCUUAGAGAUCAUCGAAUCUCACGUACAAUUUAGUUUUUCGCUUGGGGAUGAGGUCACCAGAGCAUCAGCUGAAAUACCUGGAGGUGUAUCUGACGGACAAUGGCACGAGGUUGAAGUGUCUUACAUUAAUAAGACAGUGACGAUUUCUUUAGACAAUUGUGACGUUGCUUUGGCAUUAGAGCAUGGUGAAAGAUUAGGCCCAAAAUGGGCUUGCGCUGGAAGAAGCGAGCAAAUACUAGAAGAUCGUUGCGGUCUCAUCACGGAGACCUGUCAUCGAUUUUUAGAUUUAACAGGGCCUUUACAAUUAGGUGGCUUACCUGCCAUUCCCUCGAACUUUCCCGUUAGAACGAAGGACUUCGUUGGUUGUAUCAGCGAUCUUUACAUCGAUCAUAUAUUCGUCGAUUUAAACUCGUUCGUCGCGGAUAAUGGCACUAACGCUGGUUGCCCAGAAAAGAAUGCAUUUUGCUCUUCCAUACCAUGUAAAAACAACGGUGAGUGUCGCGAAGUCUGGGAUGGUUUUAUUUGCGAGUGUACUGAAAAUUUCGCUGGACCAACGUGCGAAGACGAGGUUGGGAAACCAUGGAAAUUUCAUGGUGAUGGCUUGUUGAACUUCAAUCCACUUCUUAGACCGAUUCAACUACCGUGGCUGACGGCACUCAGUUUAAGGACAAGGGCGAAACAUGCGUUCGUCAUGGCAGUACAAAUUGGACAAAAUAGUUCGGUCCUGUUGGAGAUUCGUGAUGGAAAAAUGGUAGCUUCGUUGGAUGGUACAGACAUCAUACGAACAUGGUAUAACAUUGCUGAUGGCGAAUGGCACAGGCUCGAAGUUCUUUGGCAAAGUGGUCACGUUUCUCUCGACAUGGAUUAUCGUGAUAAACCUUUGAAUUCACCGUUAGCCGCGAAAUUGCAAGGACUUUACGUAGGCAGGAUUUUAGUUGGUGGUCCAGAUCAAUCUAUAAACACUGAGUUACCAUUCUACGAUGGCUGUCUGCAAGAUCUUCGAAUCGGUACGAAUCAAAGCGUAUUGCAACGACCGACCGUUCAAGAGAACGUCGAAACUGGCUGCAUAUCCGAAUCUGUAUGCAGCAUAGACUGUCCAGAAGCAUCGAUUUGCGUAACGAAAUGGCAAGCAAGUGAAUGCGUUUGCGCGGCUGGUCGAGUUGGACGCAGCUGCGAGCUCGUUUGUGAUUUAAAUCCUUGUAACAAUACUGGUACAUGCGUCGAGGAAAAGGAAUUCCAUAAAGGAUAUAGAUGCGAUUGUAACUCACCGGAAUACUCUGGAGAUUAUUGCGAAAUAAAAGCAGAUCAACCUUGCCCAGCGACAUGGUGGGGAACGCCAGUCUGUGGACCUUGUCAUUGUGACGAAUCUAAAGGUUACGAUCCGGCUUGUAAUAAAACAACUGGCGAAUGCUAUUGCAAAGAGAAUCAUUAUCAACCACCGGGACAAAAGGAAUGUAUUCCCUGUGGAUGUUAUGCAAUUGGAAGUUUUGGACCGCGUUGCGAUACAGAAACUGGCCAGUGUCGUUGUCGUGUUGGUGUUAUCGGUCGUUCUUGUACAGCUUGUCCAAAUCCUUAUGCAGAAGUGACAUUGCAAGGUUGCGAGGUGAUCUAUGAUGGUUGCCCUAGGUCCUACUCAGAAGGUUUAUGGUGGCCUAGGACUAAAUUUGGAAUGACAGCUGUCGAGGAUUGUCCUGACACAGCGGAAGGGAAAACUUCGAGAUCUUGCGACGACAAAUUAGGUGGAUGGCAACCACCUGAUCUCUUCAAUUGUACAUCGGAGGCUUUCGUCGAACAGAGACAUCAGUUGGCCGCUUUGGAGGCUCAAGAUCUUAUGUUGAAUACGUAUGUAGCUGUAAAACUGGCCAAGGAUGUACACGAUGCCGCCAACGUUACGAAAAACAUGUAUGGCGCUGAUUUACUCGUCGCUGAAUCUCUAUUAAUUGCAUUGCUUCGUUACGAGGAGAGUCUCAUUGGCCUUAACUUGACUCACAGUCAGGACAAAGACUACGUAGCUAAUCUCGCUGGCAUAGCUAGUGCUAUUUUACAGACGAAAUAUGUCGAAAAUUGGAGAAGGAUCGAGUCCCUUAACGGUGACAGUCCUGACAAGAUUUUAAACGCAUUGGCCAGAUACUUGAACACAUUGACUGCGUCCCAGCACGAUACUUUUACCAGUCCCUUUGAAGUCGUUGAUCGUAAUAUAGUACUUGGAUUGGAUAUAGUAACUUCAGAAAGUCUCUUUGGUUUCGAAGCAGCGGAAUACAAAGAGGAUCCUUCGAUGUCUACCGCAAGGCCGUCGGAAGCAGAUCGAAAAGUCGUUUUGCCUGAUACCUCGGCGUUUCUAAGUACGACUACACAUUUCGGACCAUCGAUAAGUUUUCCAAAGUACAACAAUUACAUGGCAGAUCCAAAGAGAUUCGAUACACAUUCCAAGAUACAAGUACCUCUGAGUAUAUUGGGUAUUAAACCAUUGGCACAAGGAGAACUGAACGUGAGAAAUAGUUUGAGCAAUCGUAAGGCUGUACUGAGUUAUGUCCAAUAUAAAGAAUUAGGUUCGCUUUUACCUCAACGUUUCGAUGAUUCGGUGGCUGUUAGAUGGGGUGUUGAGGUGUCAGUAGGGUCACCUGUGAUGACUGUAUCAGUUUUGGUACCGUCCAAAAAUGGUUACGAAUCGAUGACUGGAAUUCCAUUGCAAUCACCGGUACAAGUAAGAUUGUGGCUAAGUGAGAACGACGAUUUUAAGACGCGAACCAAUCCACAAUGUGUUCAUUGGAAUACAGCGAAAGGAACCGGAGAAUGGAGUCGAAUGGGAUGUACAACGGAAAUAGAGGACAAUAGUUUGUCCUAUGGUUCAAUCGUCAAUUGUUCCUGUCUAAAGUUGUCGACUUUCGCUGUAUUAACAGAUGUAUUGGACCUCGAAUACGUGCCUGAACCAUCCCUGUUAGAGGAUGUUACCAGUUACAGUGCUUUCAUGCUCGCCCUACCACUUCUACUUUCAGCCCUGCUCAUUUUAGCUUUGAUACGUGGCACAGGAACGAAUUCAAACAGCAUUCACAAAAACCUUGUUCUCUGUGUGUUCCUCGGCGAAACAUUGUACCUGAUAGCUCUCAAAGCAAGAAGCCCACUGGUUACCAACGAAUUUCCAUGCAAAUUGACUGCAAUUGGUUUGCAUUAUGCUUGGCUAAGUACCUUCGCUUGGACUUUAGUCGAUUCUAUUCAUCUUUAUCGAAUGCUCACUGAAAUGAGGGACGUCAAUCAUGGACAGAUGAGAUUUUAUUACACGAUGGGUUAUGGCAUGCCUGCAGUUAUCGUUGGUUUGACGAUAGGCGUCAGAGCAGAUCAAUAUGGAAAUUUUUAUUUUUGUUGGCUGUCGAUCUACGAAACUGUAAUCUGGUCUUUGAUAGGACCAGUUUGCGUGGCAAUUUUCGUCAAUUUUUGUAUUCUUGUCAUGUCUAUAAGAGCAGCGUUUACAUUGAAGGAACACAUUAUGGGUUUUGGUAAUCUGAGGACGUUACUUUGGUUAUCCGUUGCGUCAUUGCCCUUGCUUGGUUCCACAUGGACUUUGGCAGUCUUGAAUGCUUCAGAGACGUCACCGACUUUGUCGUAUUUGCUCAGUGUUGCUAUUGUCGUUCAUGCUGCGUUCAGUCUGAUUGGAUAUUGCUUCAUCAAUGGUAGAGUGAGAAGGAAUUUGUACCUGAGUCUUUUGAGAUGCGUUGGGAAAAAGGCACCCCUAUUGGAAGGUAGCAUGGCUAAUGGAAGCAGUAGUCAAAAUGUUAAUGGUCAUUCAAGAUCAGCAUUAGCUUACUCGUCGACGUACAGUGGAGCCGAAUCAGUAUGCAGAAGAGUUCAUGUAGGAGUAUCGACGAGUAGUACGACAUCACGAAGUACAAAUAAAACUGGUUCUAGCCCUUACCGCAGUGAUACACAUUUGAGACACACGUCAACGUCAACCAGCAAUUACAAUAGCGAUCGAGAUCCCUACAUGUCGUCCAGGAGUCAACGAUCGGUUGUACAUCCUCGACAAGAGUCGAAUGAGUCGAGAAAUCCACGAAGAGAUUCGGAAUCCGAUUCCGAUGGUUCUCAAGCCGAAGGUGGUGGUAGAAGCCUAGAUCUUGCGAGUUCCCAUAGUUCUGACGAAGAUGACGUUACUUCAAGGUCUCACAGGAACAUGGGUGUAUCGGCUCAACAACCAGUAGCUCAUAGCUACCUUCCAAACAUACACAGUAAUCCUGCUGAACACCUAAACAUACUUUGUUCGAACGCUGAACUAUUUCCAAAUAUAAAACCAAUUUAUGCACCGAGAUGGAGUUCACAACUGCCAGAAGCCUAUCUCUCAUCUAAUGUGAUGGACGUUCGAGGAAGUCAAUGGUCAGGCGGUACCAUGUCAGACAACGAGAUGGCCUCCAACAAAACGUCGAGUCCAAAUCCAUUACCUUAUCCUGAGAUGAAUUCACCACAAAAGAGUCAGUUAGAUGAGAAUUAUUCUGAGGGAGAAGAGAAGAUACAUCACGUUGGUGAAAAAUAUCUCUUCCCUUACACUGCUGAAGAGGAUCAUACGAUAUCACCUACACCGUACAUGCUAUCAAUGUCUACACGAAUUCUUGCUUCGAGCAUGAGCCAUCAUUCCCAAAACUCAAAUCACGAGAACAUGAGUGGUUCUGAGAGGUAUGGUAGCCUAAAGAGAGGUCAAAGUUUGCAUGGAUCUCAACAUGACAAUAUGAGUGGCUCGGAAAGGUAUGGAAGUUUAAAGAGAGGCAAGAUAACUCCAACCGUAUUGGAGGAUGCACCAGAAUUCAUUCUACCGAUGAGUGGUAGGAUAUUGUCGAGCUCGUUGACGCAUGAUCUUCAACAUAGUAACGAAUUAGCGGCUCUGAGACAGCAGCAGCAACAACAGCAAUACGAGCAGACGAUCACUGAGACUGACGAGGAGGAAGGAUACUAACGCGGAAACGUCCGUAUGAUCGUCGCGACGUGUCGCAUACAAAAAGAUAUCGUACAAAUUAAAAGAGUUAGCGAUUAGGAUCGAAGUGGUUUCAAUCGAUAAUUUCUAUCGCUCGAAUAACUUUGCAAAUCGUUGGAAGAAGAAUGGAAGGAAAAUUCGAACGAUUGAAAUCUAAAUCGUAAGCCACGAUGUAUAUCGAUAAGUUUUAAAAGAAGAGGCCAUGACUGUACUUAUAAACUUAGCCAUAUUUUAAUUAGCACGUAUGUGUGAGUGCCUGUUGAUAUAAACUAUAUAUAUAUAUUUAGUACAUACACAUAUAUAUAUAUAUAUAGUAUACGCUUGUUAUUUCAAUUCGAGUAAUUUAGAGCUCCAAUUUUGCGAGCACUUGCAUCCAGCGUCCGUAAAUGAAAAAUCAUAAAAAGUAAUAUAAGAAAAGAAUAAUAAGAAUAAUAAAUAAAUAAAGGAGAGAAAAAUAAAAGGAUAAUCGAUAAAUCGGACGCUCGAUGAUAAACUGAUCUCUAGCUCAUCUUAUCAUUAAUGUACUUAGUAUCAUCCCCCCGUCGUAAUUUAAUUUCUCCAUUGAAUAUUCGUGCAAUGUAUACAUUUUACUUCUCUCUCUCUCUCUCUCUCUCUCUCUCUCUCUCUCUCUCUCUCUCUCUCUCUUUUUCUCUUUCUCUCUCAGUCUCUACAAUUAGAUUCUAUUACAUACGUUUUAAGUAUUUACAGUCCUCUUUUCUACAUGCCAUGAGAGAUAACGUAAAUCGAUCGAUCGCAUCGUUAACUGCGCCGCGUUUUCGUACUUUUGUAUAUAUUUAUAUGGAAAGAAAAAGAAACAGUAUGUGGAAAAGAAUAUAUAAUUUAUAUACCCUCGUUCGACGAAUCCUUUUGCCUUUUACGUUAUGGCGAUUAUUUCUUAAAAAAAAAAAAAAAGGAAAAAAAGAAAAAAGAAAAGAAAAAGUACAUUCGCGAUAUGCUCGAAUAUCCAUCACCAGUCGAUGAUCGUUAUUGAUAAAAAUGACUUUUUAUUCCUUAUUGAAAAUAUAAAUAAAUUACAAAAUAUAGCUAGGUUAAUACUCGGAAGAACGUUGUCUUUAACAUAAAGUCAAUGCACCGUGUUUUCCUGUGCUCGAUUAUUAUCGUUCUUGGCGUAGUUACUAUUAGAUAUUUAUUUUUGUAUUAACUUUUUUGCAUUUCCCUUUCAUCUUUGCAUGGCACAGAUUAUCGUUGAUUAAAAAUAAUCAUAUAUAAAUAAUAGCCGAUCGAUAUAGGGCACUUUGACACGGUGCAUUUGCUAAGGUACGUUAUACGCAGGUGGGUAUAAUCCAUUUCGAGUUACGCCAUAGAAGAUUUCAUUUAGAUUACAUUAGACAAUAGAUUCAUCUUAACGAUAUCUGCAUAUGUAUAUUUUGAGUUUUGUGCAAAUGAUUUGCCAAACAAAUCCUCCAAUCUUUUCUUUCAAUCUUUUUUCCAAUUUUCCUUUCGUUCUUUCUUUUUUUUUUGUUUUUUUUUUUUUUUUUUUUUUUUUUUUUUUUUUUUUUUUUUUUUUUUUUACUUUAUUAUUGUUCUUCUUAUCAUUAGAUCAUCACCAAUUAUAGAAUCAUUAAAAGGGAUGUUGUAAUCGUACUUAAUCUUAACAAUGAACUAUCCAAGAUAUCGGAUUUGCCGGACUAUGGCACUUACACAUUAUUAUUAUUAUUAUUAUUAUUAUUAUUAUUAUUAUUAUUCUUAUUAUUAUUGUUAUUAUUAUUAUUAUUAUUAUUAAUAUUAUUAUUAUUAUUAUUAUUAUUAUUAUUAUUAUUAUUAUUAUUAUUAUUAUUAUUAUUAUUAUGACUAAUCGCUAAGGACUAGGAGAUACGUCAUUGCUACACAGUACUCUCUGUGUCCGAUGCUACGGACAAUGUUUGCAUUUUUGGUACAGAAUAGUUCUCCGUAUGUCCAUGAUAACCACCUGAUCGACUCCUUUCCAAAGUUGAUGGUGCAGAUGGGGUAUCUUGAUGAGCUUUGGGAGGAAUUGGUGGAGGGCUUACCUAUAAUUUAGAUAUAACAAAUUCAAUGAAAUGUAGGCCAAAAUCGCAAAUGAUUUCAAUUUGUAUUCAAAUUUAAAUUUAAAACUAAUUAUUCCAUUACCUCUUGAGCGGAAAGGGAAUUCGAUCCCUGGAAUGUACCACUAGGGAAACUACCCGUAGAAACAUUGAGAGAAUUUAUCAUAGACGGUGGUGAGAUGUUCAUUAUGUCGUUACACCUUGUGCGUGGUUCACAGUCCUCGUAACUGAGAUUAUUUAAAUUAGUUAAGUGAGACUGGAAGUCUAACAAACUGGUCGUUGAGAUACCACUAUCUCGAAGAUCGUUCGGUUCGUUUUGAGUUUCUGAAUCGUCGUCCGUACUCCACUCUGUAUUACGUUUGUAUGCCAAUCUUUUUGGUGGUGCUGGAGGUACAACAGUAUUUGUAUUAUUAUCUCUUUUGUCGGGAGCUGAAAUGCGAAUUCGGGUGCAUUAGUUUUUUUUUUUUCUUUUUUUUUUCUCUCUAAAAAUUCAAAUACGAAUAUGUAUUUGCUGUUCUCUUCUUAAAGAAAAUGCACUUACUGCAGCCUCUAGGUGGUAAUGGCGGUGCUGGUUCUGGACCAGGCUCACUCCAAGAACUUCUCAAGCCAUUUUGAUCAACCCCGUCUGUCGGAGUUGGCAAAGAAUGCCUUAGUGGUAAUUUUGGACUCAAUGGUUUACUUAGAGUUCUUUGAUGAGUAGGUCUAGGUGGUGUUGAUCCAUAACCGACGGAUCUUGGCCUUACUUCUCGUUGUGGAAUAGGCGGUGGUGCACCAUCGACUCUAGAAUAAAAUCUUUCAUCUUCUGGUAGGCCAUCGCUCUCAGCAUGAGAUAUUCUUGAACCUACGUUUUCCAAAGUCGCUGGCCUUUGUUUCUCGUUGAUAGGUAAGGGUGGCAAUGGUGAACUGAAAAAAAUAUUAAGAGUCUAAUGUAAUAGGAAAGUAAAAAAGAUAAUUCGAUGAAUUUAAAGUAGGAUUUAUCAAUAAAAAAAAUAUCAUCUUUAUGAUAAGAAACUUCAUAUAUUUUAUUUACAAAAAAUGUAUGAGAGAUAUGUAACGAUCGAUUACUUGACUAUGCUAUCCUGAUGAAUCGUUCGCUGUCUGGCAAGUGGGCCAAGACCUUGCUUCAAUUGAGUGAAUCGUUCGAUCAGUCUUUUGUGUAAUGGUUGAACACCGGUAGGUGCUAUUUGACCAUGCAAAACCAAUCCAGACUCUAGGACACUCAUUUGAUCAAGUAUUAAAUUUUUCAGCCGAUUCACGUGCGGUACCAUGUCCGGAUUUUGCCUGGCGAACUCAGUAGUCAAAAAUGCUUCCUGAUACUUCGUUAUUCCACCCAUAACGUUGGCAUCGAUUAUACCUUGUAGCCUCAUACUGAACGGAUUGAUGUUUCUAUGAGGCUCAGCUGUGUACUGAGCAACGAGUCUUCUCAGUUCUCUUUCGACGGAUUGCAUCGUUUCACAAGCAUACUGGACCGGUGCCAAAAGCUCCGAUCUUUUCUCAAUCACUUCGAACCACCUCAAAAUACCUGGCAGCUUCGCCUCGGUAGUUAGAGUUGUUCUCUCGAUCCAGAGUGAUUUAAAUUCAUUUUCACGAUCAACAGGGCCUCGAUGAAGUGGCCGGUCGAACGUAAAUCUUCGCACGUCAUUUACCAAAUAAAAUGCUACCACACGUUCUGGUAUUUCUGCUCCGCUACAUGCCAAACUACCUUCUUCCGGUAUUGGUUUUACAUUGCAUAUCUGUAUAUCUGAAGAAGUGAAAAAACGAAUUAGAUGAUAUCGAUUGUCUUGAAUUUUUAUGUUAUUAUCGCAGUUAGAAUGUAAGAAGAAAUUUCGAAAUCGUACAUUGACCCUCGGACGUUAGAAUACUCUCAUCCGGUGGUGAAUUUUUCAUCAAUAUUUGUGCGCUUGGGAAUUCAGUUUGCAAUCUUUGAGUGAACGCCCCUAUUCUCUCGUAUUCCAGGCCACGAUAAAUGAAUAAUUUAUUCUGAUAAGCGAAUCCAAAUAUUAGAUUUUAAUUUUUACACGUUAUAUAUUAUUAACGUUUUAAUUUGUUUAGAGACUUACUCUAACGAAAAGUGGAAAACUUAAACCGUAAAAGCCAACUCUGAAGUAUUCCGGUUCUGGCCUAAGUUGAGUCAAGAUAUUGUCCAAGAAUUUAGCUUGUAGUUUCAAUACGUGACUGAGCUUGGCGUAAUCGUAAAGUCUGGUUUCGUACAAAAUAGCCAAUUCCUUGCAAAGAGGUAUACCCUUUUCCCAACAUUUACCACGGUCCAAGUAAUGAAUGAUCUUGUGAUAAAGGACUUCCUUUCUUUGCCAUUCCGGUUGUUGAGGAUGUGCAUGAUCGGAUGGUAAAACGUUUGAGCCCCAUCCUAAUUGAUCGGCAUACAAUUUCAUUGUGAAUCCAGCUUCCGUGUAAUUCUCAGCGGCAAGAUGAAGAUCGUGCAACUUGUAGAUGUAACGUAGAUACAUCUCCUUACGAUUGAACUCAUUCUUAUAAAAGUUCUGCAAAAAGUACAACAAUAUACCCAUGUUUUAUUGAAACGAUAUAAUAACGAUGAUCGAAAGUCGUCGAAAUACUACUGUCGGUUCAUACGGAACGAUGUAUUUCCCGUUCAAAUGCGAGAGAUAAGUGCUAAGUAUCAAUCUAAAAUUGUACAACGAUGUGCAAGCCAUGUGCAAGCUUCGUUAACUACUAGCAGAUGGAACCUUCUACAUAUAUCUGCUAACGGUGUCUAAUAUGAUUAACACGUAAAAUAUCACCGUAAGAGAUUAAACAACUGAAUAAUUGGCAAUGUUGGACGUGCUGUUAUAUAUCGUCGAGAUAAACUCACCAAUAAAUUCACCGUACAUGACAUACGUUUGUCACGAUUUUCAUCGCCCUGUAUAACGCUACGAUAAUCCAAAAGUCUUUCCAAUAAGCGAGUAAUCGACGUGAUGAACGCAGUUCCACUAUCUUUCCAAGCUGGAUCCUCUGACUGAACUCUAUCCAACAAUCUGUAAGAGAAUAGAAGAGAGAAUGAAGAAUGAUAUUAAAUGGAUUAAAGAUUCGUUUGCAUUGGGAACAAACUUACACAGCACUAAGAUGUUCCCUAACGUAGCAUGAAAGUAUAAUUACAACAUGUGAUUAUGAAGUACGCAUUAAACGACGAACAUGUUCAUUUAUGAAUUAUUAAAGAAGAGAAAUAUACUCGAUACUUACAUCGUAUUGAACAAUUGUCUGUAUUCGUCGUCACCCUUAUUCUCACUGAUGAGUAUGUCCAAUUUGUCUAUAAGUUCCGACUCGACGGAUUUGAAGCUACCGCGUGCACGUUGUUCACACUCCAUCAUGUCAAAAAAGAUAUGUAAAGUUGCCUUUCUCAAUUCACUUUCUGGAACGAGGGUGACCUCGAGGAAAGGUCCAACCAUACCAGGAAUAAAUUCGAGCUUCCGAUCGCCCAAAUUCGACCACAUCGACAAUAUCUGAAAGCCCAUCAGCACUCUCAUAUCGCCGUAUUUCUCAACGAUCUUCUCGCGUUUAACUUCGGAAAAUUGUUCCAAUUGAAGAGAAGGUUGCGUUAGAUAGGCUACCGCCAAAUUAAAAUACGUCGACCAAAGUUGCGAAUCAAAACUGCUAUGAAGAAAACGAAAGGCCAAGGGUUGAGCAAGCUCUUGCAAAGAUUUCAAUAUGACGUUGUUAGCUUGCAUCCUGAUGACCAACCAAUCAGGUGGAAAAACUUCUUGCUUAACGAGAUCGCGUAGGACUAAGAAGACUCUCACAAGAAAAUCUUUAAGGGCUUUUCGUUCAGAACCAUGAGACAGUUCCUCCCAUAAACGUGAAUAAUGAUACUCGUCCAAAAGUUGAAGUAGUCCUAUCAAACAGGCGACUAAACACCCAAGUACUGGACCAUUUGCAUUGAUUACUAUGAGUAUAGUUUGUACCAAUACGUCGAGAAUGGAUAGACAGAGUGUUUCGACGUCAUGAUGAAUACAGUUGUUAACCUUAUUCGUAUCUCUGCCUCUCUUGUGAAGAAAACUCAGUAUCUCACCGAGAAUAUCAGUGCAGGUACGAAGUUCCUCUCGUCUGGCCAAAUGAAUCCUCAGAUGUCUACAGAUCGUUACCAAUAAGAGAUUUCUACUUUCGUCGUCUUCGCGAAACAAACUGGACGUCGUUAAGUUCUUGAUGGCAAUUAAUUUAGCUUGUGUCAGUUGUAACGGUGGUUCUCGGGGUACAGAGUCCAACAUCGUACACGUUAACUUAGCAACUUCGAGAACAGGUAAUACGGCUACCAAUUGCUCGAAUACAGCUGCGAUUGAAAGUAGCAAAGCUAUUUGUGAAAGUAGAACCAUGUCGUACGGUAUACCCAACAUCUUGUUCAAUGCAGAAAAAACACAAUAGAGAUCUCUUUUGAAACUGUCCUCGUAUUGGCCGGCCGUGGCACGAGCAAAAAGCAAUCGGCUUUGUAUAAUAAAUUUAAAGAUAUAUUCUAAAGAUCUGAAACAUUUCAUUAUUGGUUCCUGUUUCUCAGCCGCUGUCACCCAAUCGGCACAGUGUUGUACACUACUCAAAAGACCCUUGUAGACCAAAGCUGCGGCAAAGUGUCCAGAGAUAUAAGCAUCCAUAACUGGCUUGAAGUGUUCGAACUUGGAAUCCUCGAGUAAACUGAAUAUUGAGACGAGUACUUGAAAUACCAAUCCUGAAUGUGCCGUAGAAUUACCAUCCUCGGUAUGAAACAUUGAAAACAAAGCAUCCAAUAUAUCCUGAAGGAACUUUACUAAUUCCUCGCCAUCCAGCCUGAGAACUCGUCCUAAUGCUUCAGAUAUAUGUUCAGGAUGAGCUUUCCAUUGAAGGAGACUCAACAGAUCAACGUUCUGAGUGAGCUUCGUACUACAGAGAAGAGUGUGCACGAAUACAGCUUCUUUGGUUGAUCUGCUGAAAGGUGAUGUACCUGAAAAUAUUCAUUGAUUAGAAAAAUAUAUAUUUUUUCUAAGUAAUAUUAUGAAAAUAUUUCGAUGAUAAAUCGACUUUUUUCAACUUCAUAGGCACAAAAUCUUCGUCUUCUCUUAAGGGACUUGUAAAUAAAUCUUAAAUUCACCUGUAGCGCUCGGUUCUCGAGCACAGCUUGGCAAAGAUAGGUAGCUAAGUGAAUCUAAUUUCGCUCGUUCUUCGCACUUGUAGAUGUACAGUUCGUGAGAGCCAUCUUGAAGCGUAGCACCGCCAGGUUCCAUUAAGCGUACAAAAGCGAAAGCAAAAAGUUUCUUAUCGUUUUUCUCUCGAGCUGGAAGUUAAGCAGAUCGAACUAUUACUUGGAUAAGUUUAAGGAUCUGAAAAGUAUCGUAUAAACUAUCGAAACUAUCUCGUUUCUUAAUAAUUCUAAAGAACACUCACUUGAACAAUGACGAAAUUCAAAACGCACGUGACUGCCAUAGAACUUGUCAAUCGGUAUAGCUAAUCUUACAGUUUCUGCCCACGAUGGACUAUUGUGAUGAUAUAUAACUAAACUUUGAUAUUCAGAACUGCCAUCCAUUCCCGCUGCGCCAAACAAACAUCCUUCUAAUGGUUGUCCUUCGGCAUCCAAAACUAGGAUAGUAACCUAUUGGAGAAGAAAUUGGAGAAUUUCAGAUUAAGAAGAUUAGGGAUAUAAUAUGAAGCAUCAUCAAGAACUAACCUCAAUAUUUUUGCCGGUCGAUUUUCCACCACGUUCGAACUCACCACGUUCGAGCUUCAAAUACAAAUCGUUUCUAACAUCACCGGGCAUUAUGACGUCGGAGAAACCAAGCUUCUUCGUAAGGCAAAUGUUCUUGAAGAGUAAUGGAUUUUCUUGUCGCACCUGAGAUAAUUCACCGUGAAGCACUCUAAAGGAUACUAUUAUACCAUAAUUUGGUUGACCAGGAAGUGGAGUACAUUUGUUAUUACGAAUAAUUUGGUCGUGCAAUUGAUGAAACUCUUUCUCUUCACCUUGGUAUACCUGGACGAAUAGUACAAGUAUAGAAAACUCGUAAUUACAGUCAACUUUCCAUUAGGUAGUUGAUUACAUCGUAUUGUCGAUCAAUUAAUCGUUCAUGAAAGGAUUAACGAGCCAAGCCAGUUUACCUUAAAGGGCAAUUCAAGCUCCUCCGCGUGAUCUUGAGUAGCAUCAGCUAAAGAAAGUACCGCGACCCCAUGAGGUCUUCUGUAAACGGCACUUCCUGUCUUGUUUUUGCCAGAAUCAGAAUAUAGCAUUCUACCACAGCGCAUAACGUGCGCAACCAUGUAAAGAUCACGGCUCAAAUCGGCAUUACCAAGAUCCGUGAAGAUCGUACAAUUGCUGUGUAAUUUUUCAAUGUAAUUCGAGAAGCCUUCCUUCGAUAUUCGUACCAAGAAACGCUCGCUCAAAUAUUGUCCCCUUUUUGCAUCGUAAAGAGAAAAAUAAAUCUCAGUGUCCUCGCCGACCGAGUGACCAAAGUCUCGCAUGCAGAAAUAAAGAUGAUGCGUUAAAACUUUCUUAUGUUCUUUGCGCUUCAAAGUGCCUCUUGCCGAUGCACCUUGCGAGUUUUCGGCACUCUGAACGUGCUGCGAAAAUAUUCGAGUUUUCAUGAAUUAAAAGAUUCUCAACUUAUACAAUGUAAUGAGAGGCAAACAACCUCUUAGAAUUUUUAUCAAAGAAUUAUAACGAUUAUGCAUCAUAUGAUAAAUAAUUACCACAUGGUAGAGUUCGACGACGGACAUAGUAUCUGGAUCCACCAUAUGUGCACCUUGACGUGGUACCAGGUCCAAGCCAAGUUUUCUGAAACGUACGGGACAUGUCCGUCCAAUUAAAAACUCUCAUAAAUAUUAUUAUCGCGAUCAAAUAAGUUUAAUAAGAUAAGUUGAAGUGAAAUAUUUAUUCAGCUGAAUUCAAAUCAUAAAAGCAUUUCAUCAAAUUAUAAAAGAGACGCACGAGAUGUAAGUACGUCACAAGUUGCGUCAUAUUUUGGACUUAUGCUUUUGGAAGAAUCCAAAGGUACUUCCUCUGACCCAGGUCGACCGCAUGCCAUAGGUACCUACGUGUUCUCGAACACGAUGGGUUCCAUCAGGACCGUAUUAGUAGGGUUCUCACGUGGGCUUUUUGCGAUGCAGGAAUGUAACUUAAGCGAUUGGCAUUCGAUUCACAUAAUUUAAUCGUCUGCGGGAUUAACCGCAAGCGUUUCUAACGUUUGCGUUGAUGAUCGAUGCGAUCUCGUGGGAAAAAAAAAAAAAAAAAAAAAAAAAAAAAAAAAAAAAAAAGGAAGAUUAGAAAAAAAAAAGAAAAGAUAGAAAAAAUAAAUUGAAAAGACGAAAGACGAUAAUUUUAUCCAGAGGAAAUGCACGUACAAUGUAUACAUAGUAUAUAUACAUCUACAUUACGUUCCCUUCAAUGGGAGUGUUAACGUAAUAAUGUGGAAAGAUUGGAUUAAAGUUAUCUACGUAGUAAGUAAUACGACCCUGAGGGUCCCGAAAGAUUCCCCUCCAGGGCAAGCUUGAUGGAAUGCAGGUGAGCAAGCAGACUUCGAUGCAUGGAGACAGGUUCAGGGAACGUGUACAACGUCGUUGGGACCUAUGGCCCGUUCCAAAGAUAUUGGAUAUAUUCAAGAAAGGAGAGGACCCAUGAACCUGCUUGCAAAAUUACUUUCAACGCUUACUGCCACCACAUCUUUCUUUCUAUUAUAUCGUUUCGCAAGUAUUCCGGAUAAUUUUAAUUUCUAAAAUAUUAUAUAAAAAUGGAUUUAAUAAUUAGAUAAUAGAUAAACAAAAGAGCAAUUUUAGAUUAUGACUCGUUAAUAUUAGAUUUAAUGGAACAUCCUGGAAUCAGGAGUCCUAUGCCUGGUCGAUAACGUAGGAAAUUGUCCCGUCGUGAUUCAAUUUCCUUUUCUAUUUCCGAAUCGAUUUGCAAUGACAGUUUGGUUAAAAACAUUUUGAUCGACAGUACAGAUGUAGUCAUAUGCAUCUAAUACGUCGCCACCGGAAAUAUCUGCAGUAUACAUUCUAAAAAGAAAAUAUGCGUAUGUUAACAUCAUGAUCUCGGAACAACUAAAGAAAAUAAUCCUACCUACCUAUAUAUAAUAUAAUAUCUGCAUGGAUUUACGUCGUAUUACGAGUACUCGUGCGACUGCAUCUAUAACCGUUGCAAUCACAUGCUCAUGCUAGAGCAAAAGGUAGUGAUAAUAGAUGUCAGGGCCAAAUCUCAAAGCCCCCCACGAUCUCAAUUAGACCAAAUCGCGAACGAUUAAGCGCGAUUACUCUCGCGAAGCUUUCAAUUUUUACCAUUUGCAGUCUGUAAACGUAGCACCGUUGCUAUUAUUAACAUUUUAUUCCCUUGCACGAGAUAUACCGGGAUUAUUUUUCAUAUAUACGUACGAAUGAUUUGGCUAAGUUUAUUUUUAAAUUGGAAAUGAUACUUCGUCGUACAUCGCACAAUGUACGUACAUUUUUAUUAAUCAUAUAAUAAUAUUGAAUAUUUUAAGCUUAGUGAAUCUUUAUUAUAUAUGAAAAUACAAUCAUCCUGUAUUACGCAUGCGAGAUAUUAUGCAUCGUUACAUUCUUGGAAGCAUUGCUUUCAAGAGGACGUUUUGAAAUCCAUUGGGAAUCUUUGAGAAAUAUACCACAAGUCGAUCCGGAUCAUUCCUUUUAGGUAGUCAAGUUUCUGAAGGUAAUAGAAAUACCAUAAUGAUCCUACAAUUUCUUCAAAUACACCAUGUAAAGGGAAAACAUCAAAAAAUAUAAUUUUAUUAGAAGCUUCUAAAAUGGUGAAAAAAAAAUAAAUGAUAACCGUUCAUUUCAGAUCGGAGGGUGUACUCGUAAAGCGCGUACGUUUAGAUUUCUUGUAGCCUUUCUUGCUGACUUUUAUGAUGAGCUUCGGCUUGCUACGGCCCUGGGGGUUCUCCGUUCCUAUACUGUGCUACACGCUGACGCAAAAAGAAAGGAAAAAGUUGUGGGUGAACGGUGGAUCUCAACGCUGUUACGCAGACGAGGAGAGUAUCCUGCGUACUACAGCGUUACUUCAACGAAGAAAGGAAAAGGGAGAGACAGAAAGAGAGAGAGAGAGAGAGAGAGAGAGGUGUAGGUAGGGAGAGAACAGGGUAGUGCACGCGAGACAGAGCCGCAGGUCACGCUAAUUAGAAAUAAUAAUAAUUACUCCGACGUAGAUAAUAAAUGUUGGCCGUUCAUCCGAGGUCGUAUUAUAACAAGGAAGAAAGAUAAAUGCGAAGAAAGAACGAUAAUUGAACUAUUCCGUUUGGGGACAGGAACAAAAGUCUUUUUCAUCCGUACGAAUCAAUGUGAUUUCGUAAUAUGCGCCAAUAGAAAUCUCAUGAUCGUUCCUAUCACUUUGAUUAUUAACUCCCAUAGACAUAUAAAAUGUAUAAAAUGUUUGUCCCAUAAUUCGUCCAGACUUCUUAGUUCUUAUCGCUUUGAUUAUUAACUCCCAUAGAGACGUAUAAAAUGUAUAAAAUGCUCGUCCCAUGAUUCGUCCAGAGUUGUUAGAUUCGUUAAGACAUUAGAAAUCUCGUAAUUUUCUACUCUCACGUUGAGAAGUCAGACGUUGUAAAAAUAAAAGAAAUAGAGAAAGAGAAAGAAUAUCGGAACGCAGCCUUUAAAGAGGUAAAGCGAGCCCUCUUACGGGGGAACAGGUUCUCGGCAUGGAUACCGUGUAUUCACCGAGCUGAAAACCUUGGCCAACGAGUAAACGGACCGAAGAAAGAGAAGGAGUCGUGCAUCUCUUUUCCCUUCGUAUAUAUACUCGCACGAUGUCUGUCGUGACUGCGGUCUUUCCGCAUGGUCAUACGAUACAACAAGACGAGACUCCAAAAGCAAACUCGUAUAUAAUGCAGCUUCAAAUCGAAAAUUCGUGGGUAACACGAGAACCUUUGCUAACUAAUCGUUAUAUUUCUUGUAUACUUUAUAAUUUCUUAGAAUAACAUGGUCACCCUGUAAAUACUUUUAUUUUAUUUGCAUUGAUAAUAAAUGUUUACGAUUAAAACAAGAUCUUUAACUUGUUUAAUCAUAAACGUUUAUUAUUAUUUUUCUUAGGAAAACGAAGAAAUUAAGUACUUACUUUUUAUCGUAUUAAACUAUAUCAUACAAACUUCGAAAGUAUAUGCUUAUAUAUAUAUCUGUAUAUAAUAAUAAUAAUGAUAAUAAUAAUAAUAAUAAUAAUAAUAAUAAUAGUAAUAAUAAUAUAAUAAAAUAAAUAAAUAUAGUAAAUAAAAAUUGUUUAAUAGUAAUUAAAAGUACACAUGUAGAUUUAGAGAAAGAGAGAGAGAGAGAGAGAGAGGAGGAGGGGCUAACGUACGCACCUGGGUUGGGAUUAGCGCUCGUCCUUCGACGCGUGGGGGCGCGUCAACAAGAUGGCGGGUGGUGGGGCCCGAGGAAACCCUUCGACGCGGUCAGUCGCACUUCGGGCCCCGUUCGCGGCAGACGUGUUAUUACUUUCAUUCUCCCAUACGUACGGCAAUUUCUCAAAGAAAUAUCUUGUAUCAUUCUUGAAGAAGACCACAAAGCAUCCCGGUAUUAACUUCGUUAAGAGAGAGAAAGAGGACAUAUACAUAUACAUAUACAUAUAUAUAUAUAUAUGUAUAUAACAAAAGAAACGCGGUAGAAAAAAAACUCGUCACAUUUUCAUCUCGUUUGAUUGCUCUCUUCCUCUCUUUCUCUCUCCCAUUAACUCUUUUUGCAUGUACAUAUCUAUUUCUCUCUUUGUCUAUUCGUGUAUGUACACGAGUACAUGAUGAAGCUUAACGAGAGAUAAGCGUUUAAUAUCGGAGGUGAAACUUGUAAAAGAGGUGUGACAUAGUAUUCGGUGGGUGCUCAUCAUAACAAAAAAAAAAAAAAAAAAAAAAAAAACAAAAAAAAGAAAAAAAAAAAAAAAAACUUUUU